CCCGCCAGCCAGGAUACCCCCCCCCCCGGGGCCCUCUCCCCAGGUCUGGGCGCUCCUCCCCAGCGUCCUGAGAGUUUCGACUUAGAGGCCUUGUGGCCGGGUGACCCUUCUUAAGAAGUGGAGACCUCCUCCCCAGGGUCUGGACCCUCUCGCCAGGACACACACCCUCCUACCCCCCCGCCCCCAACCAAACCCUCUUUCCCAGGAGCCCCUCUCAGGGUCUGGGCGCCCCACCCUUUCCAAAGCCGGGAAGGCCUCCAGGUAGAUGCUAUGCGGCGGGACCCCCCACUGUCCGGAGUCUGGGGAACCCCUGGGUAGAGUCAGGACAUCCUCCUCUCUGGACCCAAGGAUCCCCCUUUAACUCAAGGCCUGGGGUCCCUGAUUUCCCAAAGAAGACCCCUACCUCACGUUCUACCCGUGCUUCCUCCCUCAGUUUACCCCUAGUGCUUGCAGAAAUGAGUUCAGACCUGGGUGGGGAGUUCUGGUGGUGUUUGCAGGUAGGUUUGCAUCCCUGAGAGGGAGGAGACUUGGGGUGGGGUCAGAUCAGGCUGAGAGGACUCCCAUCUGUCUCCCAGCUCUGAACUUCAGUCCCUCACACUCAGGCCACACAGCCGGUCAGGAGCAGGCCAGGGGUGAGUCUGUGCCUCAGCACUGAGCUGUGUUUGCUGUGUAGGUUGUUGGCUCCCAGGGUUGCCUUGCCACCCCCUCAGCUAAGCCAGACCUCACUAUACUCUUCUGUAAAAUGGGCACAGGCAGGGCUGUACACAGUAGAUCCUUUGCCCACAGCCUUUCAGUCUUUGCGCCUUUGCCCCACAGCCCCAGAUGUGGGGACUGUCCCCUUACUAGCUGUGGAAACCCAGGCCUAGAGGGCCCUAGGGCGGGACAGGAAGAGGCCUCGGAGGCACUUCCUUUCCCCUGAGACUUAAGGGAAAUUGGUCCCACACCUGGUCCCACUCAACCAGCUGCUUCAUUAAGACGCUGGGGUGAAGCUUGCAAAACUGCUGUGUAAACUCGAGUGAGGCCCUGCCUCUCUUUGGGCCUCUGGGGACCCAUCUGUGAAAAGGACUCACCACAUCCUCUACCUCCUCCUGGGCUUACAGCCUCCAGGGCUCCACUUGGCCCUGGGAGAAGGUACUAGCCCGUCAUUUCAAUCCGAGUCCCCUCCUCCAUGCAGCCCCCCAAGCUGAUCGCUGUGUCUACAGCCUCUGUUCCUCCCUUAGGUACUGCUCUGACCCAAUGCCCUAUGGUCACUCUGACUGCAGGGGACCACGUCCGGUUAUGACUGCCCCCCACUGGGAAUUCCGAGGCCUCAGGAGGUUCCCAGGGCCAUUGAAGGCACCUCAACGGUGGCCUCCAGGGUAGGGGGUAGGUUUGAGCCCCUACGCAUCUCGCUGCCACCAGAGGGCGCUGGCGCCCUGCAGACCACGACCAGGAAACCCUUUACUCAGAAACGCUCUUUGAGAUUCUUCUGUGAGUGAACUGAGGCCGGAGAGGAGUCAUACCAUCUCAAGGGCACACUGCAGCCCUGGCCCCUGGGGUUCCUGGGACUCCCCUCCACUUGGCUCUGUGAGCGGACUGGGGCUGGGGGGGGGGUGCCAGGAGCGGGCCCAAGGGAUACGCCUAGGGGGCUCGUAGGAGUUUGCUGGCGGCCGCAGGUUGCGACAGGAACAUCGGGUGGUGGGUAAAGCUUGGGCAAAAGCGCUGAGGCGUGACCGAGUGGUGACAUGUGGGGAGUGGGUUGAUGACCUGGGAGCGAGGCUGUCUGGAAGGGGAAGGUGUCCGAGCAUAGGCUACACCGCGAUUCAUGCACAAUACUCUGAGGUCGGGGCCGAUUUUCUUCCAGCUCUACAAAUGACAAACGUGGAAACUUAGGUUCAAGAGGUGGUCACUAGCCCGGGGUCAUCCACCUGAGCGGGAUUCGAAUCACAAGACGGGGGUGCAGCAGGUGCCCAAGCAGAGGGAGGCCCUACCCACUUCCUCCUCCUUCCCGCUUCGCUCAGAGUGGGGAACUGACGCCCAGGCUAGUCCUCGGCUCUCAAGGCCCCGGUCGGGGCUAGGCCAUUCCACAGCCUUCCCGCGCGGGGCUGGACAUGCCUCGAGUCAGAUCUGCAAGUGGUGGCCAGUUGAUGAUUAAACCUAGUGGCAGAGUGCUCUUGCUGGGUGACCUCAAGCCCGGGGCCCAACUCCGACCCUAAGUUUCCCCCGCUUUACCCCCGGGGUCCGCUAGAGACCGGCUCGGGCCCGCGAUGCUUCAGGUUCACGCAGGGGUCCACGAGGGUAGAGGGCAGCUGCAGAGUUUGUUAUUUCGUUCCACGCCUGGGCGAAGCCACGCCCUUCGCCGCGCCAUUGGUGUAUUCCUUUCUGGGGGUGGGGCCCGCGUCUCGCCCCGCCCCGCCCCGCCCGCCGUAUAAAGGCAGCGCCGGCGCAGGGCGCAUAGGAAUUUCUGACCUGGUCGGCAAGUGCGCCUGCGCACCCCGGGCAGGUUCGCGUUCUGAGGCUAUAGCCUCGGCACCUCGCGCCGCCGCGUCGCGGGUUCGAGGCCAGGGUCUGUGCGUCGCGGGUUCGCAUCCCGGGCGCGAUGCUGUUCGACAAGGUGAAGGUGUUCGCGGUGCAGCUGGAUGGCGCGAGCGCGGGCGCCGAGCCGGUUUUCAGCGGCGGGCAGGCCGUUGCCGGCCGGGUGCUGCUGGAGCUGGCGGGCCCGGCGCGCGUGGGCGCCCUGAAGCUGCGCGCGCGGGGCCGCGCCCAUGUGCACUGGACCGAGUCGCGCAGCGCGGGCUCGAGCACCGCGUACACGCAGAGCUACAGCGAACGUGUGGAGGUCGUGAGCCACCGUGCCACGCUACUCGCUCCAGACACGGGAGAAACCACGACGCUGCCUCCCGGGCGCCACGAGUUCCCCUUCAGCUUCCAGCUGCCUCCGACACUGGUGACGUCAUUCGAGGGUAAGCAUGGCAGUGUCCGAUACUGCAUCAAGGCCACCCUGCACCGGCCCUGGGUCCCUGCCCGCCGGGCAAGGAAGGUAUUUACUGUCAUUGAGCCGGUGGACAUCAACACGCCUGCCCUGCUGGCCCCUCAGGCUGGAGCUCUGGAGAAGGUCGCCCGAUCCUGGUACAGCAGCCGUGGUGUCGUCUCCCUCUCCGCCAAAAUCGACCGAAAGGGUUACACACCAGGUGAGGUCAUCCCCGUCUUCGCGGAGAUCGACAAUGGCUCCACGCGCCCGGUGCUUCCUCGGGCAGCCGUGGUCCAGACGCAGACCUUCAUGGCUCGAGGUGCCCGCAAGCAGAAACGAGCAGUGGUGGCCAGUCUCGCGGGCGAGCCUGUGGGCCCCGGGCGGCGGGCGCUGUGGCAGGGCCGGGCGCUGCGGAUCCCCCCUGUGGGUCCUUCCAUCCUGCACUGCCGGGUACUGCACGUGGACUACUCCCUCAAGGUCUGCGUGGACAUCCCCGGCACGUCCAAGUUGCUGCUGGAGCUGCCGCUGGUCAUCGGCACCAUUCCCCUGCACCCUUUCGGGAGCCGCUCAUCCAGCGUGGGCAGCCAUGCCAGCUUCCUGCUGGACUGGGGGCUGGGAGCCCUGCCAGAGCGGCCGGAGGCCCCUCCCGAGUACUCAGAAGUGGUGGCAGACGGGGAGGUGGCAGCCGCGGGGCAGAGCCCCUCUCCACCACUGCAGGACACCGACAUGAGCCUCGAAGGCCCCUUCUUGGCCUAUAUCCAGGAAUUCCGCUACCGCCCGCCACCCCUGUACUCCGAGGAGGAUCCAAACCCACCCUCAGAGGCCAUGAGGCCACGCUGCAUGACCUGCUGAGCAGCGAGGGGAUACUUCAAGGGAUGAGGUCGCACGUGUGCUUCCAGCUGCCAUGGACAUGGGGAAGGGCUGGGAGAAGAGCCAACUGACCUGACUGCGUUGAAGUUGGGGACUCCGAGUCUCAGAACGGGGCAUGGCUUUCUGACAUCACACGGGACAGAGGAAGAGCCAGUCUGGAAUCUGAUGUAUCUGGACAGGUCCUCGUAAGGCAUCAAAUGCCCAUAGUCGGAUCCUGUCGGUCUGUGCUGGCCCAUGGACAGGGCUCGGGUCCCCCAGGAGCCUCUAGUCUGGGAGAGAAAUAGCCAGACAUAAAUACUUCCAGUCUCGUGGGACCAGAGGAAGAGCCCCAGGGCUGGGAGAGUCCCAACAGGAGCAGAGAAGGCUUCCCGGAGCAAAGGGCCUUCUAGCUGAGGCCUUGGCCUAUGAAUGAAUGACGACAGCUCAGCAGGCAGACAAACAAAGAGGAAGAAGAAGUCGGAGAAGGUCAGAGCUGAGUGAUGUUUGGAGAUCACCCCCUUUGGGGCUCAGAGGGCAAGUGCCUCAGUUGAGGCCACACAGCAAGGUCGGGCAGGCGAGAGGGCCCAGGAACGGGGCAUUCAGGGAUGCAAGUCAUUGAAGCUUUUGUGGGACCUGUGGGUGGCAGGGGCAUCUGCGCCAGCCUUUGAAAGCCAGAGAGAGAUUGCUGGCCCAGGCUGGGACUGCCUGGGGGCUCCUCCAAGUACACCAGGACAUGAGACCUCGUCUGCAUAUUGUAUAACCCAGGAAACCCAGUUCAGGACAUUCAGCCAGGCCCUGGGGACAGAGGUCAGCCUGGGGUAACAGCAGGCCCAGUGCAGCUCUGGAAACCUGGAGGGAGGGAGGGACAAAGUAUGAGGGGGCAGCCGGACCAGCCCCCCGGGUUGUAGAGUCUCAGCCCUGGCUGGGGCAGGGCCCCUGCCUGGGACUCAACAUUUCUGAUCAGCCUUAAAUUGUUCUCUUUUUUACAGUUGUUGGUUUUUUUGUUUGUUUGUUUGUUUGUUUUUUAAAUGAAAGUGUGGGGAAAGAGA